UCGGUGUCCACUAGGGUGGACGCAUCAAGAUUAUUACCAACGACCAGGUUAACCGUAUCGCUCCUCAAUGGGUCAAUUUUGACGACGAUGGCCGAUCAAUUAGUGAUGCAGCUAAUAACGCCCAUGCCGUCAAACCUGAAACCGCCGUUUUUGACACUAAACGUCUCGUUGGUCACAAGACUGGGAUCCCGAAGUCCAAAAGAAUAUGAAGCACUGGCUCUUCAAGGUCAUCGAGAAGAAUUCGGGACCCACAUUUGUGUCCAGCACAAGAGCGGCAACAAGGACUUUAAUCCUGAGGAAAUCUCCACCAUGGUCCUCACCAAGAUGAAAGGAGCCGCUGAAUCGUAUCUUGGCCACAUUGUCACCUGCCCUCUUAUCACUGUCCCUGCCUACUUCGACGAUGCUCAACAUCAAGGUACCAAGGACACUGGGACCAUCGCCGCUCUCAACGUUCUCUGCAUUGUCAAGGACCCCACCGCUGCUGUUAUCACCUAUGGCCUUGACAAGAAGAGCGGUGAACCCCAUAUCAUUGUCCAUGACCUUGAGGGAGGAACUUUUGACGUUUCGCCCCUUUCGAUCGACGACAGUGUUUUUGAGG